AUGUUGGAAGAUGAACUUCACCGCAGAGAGUAUAGGAUUCACAAUGGUUCUUCACAUUGCUUAAAAGCAUUUGAACACUUGCGGUCCUCUAUCAAACAGUCUAACCCUCCAUCCGAGCUCAUUCCACUACAGGCCAUUGAAGAUCAGAAUGGAAGACUCCGGGCUUGGAUAAGUAAUACUAAAGCUUUAAAAAUUGAUCGGAGCUCGCUUGAUUUCCGGCUUAGAGACGUCACCUUCCUCGCCGAUAAUGUUGUUAAACUCCUAGAGACUCUUUAUACUACUUUAUCAGAUGCAGUUAAACUCAUCACUGAAGAAGAGGUGUCUCAAGCAACUUUCCCUGAAGAGAAUUACCAUAACGACGACGAGAGCGAUUUUUCUGACGAUUCAAAUGGAUCCGAGCAACCUUCGUCCCCAUUACCAGAAGUUCAACAGUGUUAUCUUUUGAUUGUUGAUGUGAUAGAUCGAUUGUACAAGCUAUCAGUGAUCAUUAGAAGUCCACAGCUCCAGAAUCGCUCCACGAAAGCAGAAAAUUUUGUAGAAAAAGAUGAGGAAGGCAGAGAUUUGACUGCAGAAUUUGAAGCAUACGCAAUAGUACGGGCCAAGCAUCAGAUGCGAGCCUGGAAAAAUGUCACGAGCGAAAUGGGGCUGGAGAAGGAUGAUGAAGAUCUUGCGAUUCGAAUCGGAAAAGCUAAUUCUAGGAGAAGGAGACAAUUCAUGUAUGAUCAAAGGCAUCGUCGUAAAUUUGUCAGUAUUGAGAAGGAUGCCACAGAGGAGGAGCAGAAUGAAGAGUCUCCGCAGCAUAUUGGAGCUACAGAAUCUCCAAGCACUUUGAAAGCCAAAAGCUCAGAAAUUCCGGCAUCAAUUCUGAAAUCAUUCGCAAGCUCCACCAUCGCCACAAUCUUUUCCGAGACAACCGCGUCUGAACAUGGUCAGAAAUUUGAAGACAUAUCUGAUAGUAGCUCUAUGACUUCCAGCUCAACGACAUAUAGUGGAUAUCAAAUAAGUGAUGUUAGCAUUCCAGAAGCACCAGAGAAUGAAUUUGGCAAGGGGUUCCAAUGCCCCUAUUGUCCAAUAAAGCACGUUUGGAAGGACUUACAACCUUACAUUUGCAUUUUCAAAGGGUGCUCGACCCAAGAUAUUUUAUAUGAUAGCCAGGACACAUGGCUAAAACACGAACAGUGGGAACACGCUCAUCAAUGGUGUUGCAAUUUUGAAGGCCACCCCAUGGCUAUAUUCUCAGAAGAAAAUGGUUUCAAAGACCACCUGAAGAAGCACCACUCCGAGACUUUUGAAAGCCACCAACUUCAAACUUUAACAGACGCCAGCAAAAGACCUUCUUUAGCGGCAUUUAGUAUUUGCCCCUUUUGUGGAGCCACGCCAGAGGAUUUGGUAAAAUCUGAUCAUGGUAUGUCCGUAAAUUUAGAUACACAUAUGAUCAACGAGCGAGCCAAUAUAAAGACGAGAGAUUCAAGAUUUGUCACAAGCAAAGCAGUCGAGAAUCUACAAAGACACGUUGCUAGCCAUCUCAGACAAUGUGCUAUUAUGGCUCUUCCAAGCCGUGAUGAUUUGGAUUACAGCAAUUCUGUACCCAUCACGGGAUAUCGACAGUCCAAGAGUGAUGUAUUUGACAUCUUCGAUACUGAGGUCGUCGAUGAGAUCGAGCCAUUGCCAUUUGUUGAAACAUGUGAGAUAUCGGCAGAUGUUCCUUUCAAAGACAAUACAAUGCUAUGGCAGGAAGUUUUCGCCCAAAUACCAGGAGACCGACGUGGCGGGGAUCUCAAAUUAAAUGAAUUUACAGUCCAGCCUACGUCAUUGACAACACCGCGACAUUCGCCACUAGAUACGAAUCCAUCUACAAACAAAGGAAAGGGCACAGACCUUAGCACCGAAUGGUCCGAAUGGGCUUGGGAUGAUCGAGGGUACUUGUUUACAUACCGGACCGAUCCCACUGGAGCUCUGGAAUAUGAAUACAGGUCUCCUAAACCCGAGAAUCAAUCAGCUGCACUGAGAGUUCCAGGCCCGAUUACUUCGAAUCAGCAAUCAACGUAUUUCCCACAAAUUGAGCUCGCUGAUCGUGCCUACACGACUUCGCGGAUCGAUAGCGUUGAUGGUAAUGAUCAUGGAGCAACUCCAAAGUCAUCAUUAUUUUCUCCAGCCCUAUCUAAUGAGGAUUACAAGACUUCGGGGCGAGAUUAUAGUUUAAAUACCAGUUUGUCAAACAAAGAUUCUUUCAAUGUAUCAUGGCCGUCUCGAUAUUCCUCUACCAAUGAAACUCUGAUUUCUAGCAACACGUCAUGGGCACCAUCCAAAUAUUCGGCAUUAUCCGAGGAAUCAAAACGGAUAGCCCCUCCAAAAGGUAUGAUUCUGAGUUUAAGUUGCAAAGAACCUUCAACUGACGAGAAUAUAGGCGCACUUGACGAUCAGUUCACAUUGGGAAACCUUAAACAUAUUUUCAAGGCUCCUAACAGUGGCGAUAUAGAGACGUUAGAUUCGAGGUACGAAGUUAAUGGAGGUCUUGCUCAAGAUGAGUUCUGGAAAGUGGGUCGUGUAUUCAUGGUGCUAUGGACAGAGCCAGCACGUCCUCAAGUCGGAGAAUCACGGAACGGCUCCCACUUUAGCACCACUUUUCUUGGAGGACAAGCUUACAGUGAGAUCCGACGAUUUGUUGUGAUCAUAAAGGGCUAUGGAAAUUCUGUUUGCUAUCCUAUACAAACGUACUCAGGCCAGGCAACUUUGAAACCCAACCUGCCUACACCUUAUAGACACGCAAUAAUAUACACUUCAACAGUCUGUCCCGAUGAGCACUGCCAACAAGCCAAUGAUGGGAGUUUGAAAUACGAGAACCUUGUUUUGGGUCCUAUUCGUGUUAACAGCGAACGAGACGACACCAGUGGACAGUUGCAUCCAUUGAGCAGAUUGAACUACAGCAAGCUCUACACUGUAGAGCAUUUUGUUCGGGUGCUUAAUAUUGGGAUGGUAGCUUCCGAAUCAAUAGAUACAUUCUUACAACAAUCAAGGUUUUCCGCCGUAAAAUGGACAGCUAGCAGCGCACAAUGA